AUGAGUUCACUUUUCAACCGGUCGAAAAACAAAGUUAUAGUUCUUACGCUAGCCUGUCUGCUCCUCUUGGGUGUCAUGUACAUGAUGCCUACAGAUUCUAACGUUGGGGCCCAUGGGAUCAAACGUUUGACAGAAUCAGAUAUUGGCAUAGCCCCAGGCCGUAGCAACAACGAGGAUACGGAGUCAGACUCCGAAUUAGUUCUCGAAAGCAUUCAACCAGGGUCCAUCGGUUCACAGGAGAUUGCUGGUGCGCAAAAGGAGGAACAAGAGAUGGAGGAUCGCGAGGAGAUCAAGGCAAUUUCAAAGGAGGUAUCGAAAUUAGAUAAUAAAGGCGCAGGCUCGUUGGAAGGGAUCAAAGAAAAAUCCCACUUUGGUGGUAAGUUGGAGAAGGACGGCGAUGCACUUGAUACCAAGAACAGAGAAGUCGUGGAAGAAGGGGAAACUAAUCUCGUGGAUGACCAUAUAAAUGUGUCUGACGUGCCCGCUGAGGAAACACCGCAGUCGGCCCACGAAAAAUCCGAAGAUAUCUCAUUCACAUUAUCAGAAGAAAGUCGCGCUUUGAAUGAUAAUAAGAAGAAUUAUCAAGCAGGCUCAAAUCCCACGUCAAAGCUAGAUCCUGCUAAAAAACAGGCCAAGACAGAUUCGAGGCGGCCUAAAAAUCUGGGCAAAAUCAGCGACAACAGAGUUAUAGGCACAGAAGACGGUCCAUCAAGCUCAAAAAGAUUGGCUCAAAGAUCAAGGUGA